GAGUAAGUAGUUUUAGACAAAGAUGCUGAAGGCAAGUGUCAGUCAGGAGAUAGGUUCAUCGUCUUGUCACGCAUGCAUGCAUGCAUGCAGUGAGUGACCAUCAGACAGCGUGGCGGUGCCACCGACAUCGAUCAUCGCAUCACAUCACACCAGCCCAGCAACAUACAUGCAUUCACGCAGCCGUACCGUACGCACACACACGCAUCCAUCCAUCCAUCCAUCCAUCCAAUCCUUCAAGGGCUAAAUUAGGCAGACUCUCAUUCCUCUGUCUGGUCGACGCACUCACUCACUCACACCACACAGGCAGGCACAAAAUCAGCCCGGGCAGGUCCUCCUGAAUUGAGCACAAGAGAGGGGAGAAAAGAGAGCCGCCGGGUGCGCCGCUUCUCAUCACACGACACGCACACACGCACGCAUCCAAAAAUCCAUCAUCCCACAUCAUCACGUCACCACAGCAUGAGGCAGUCGCAUCGCAUGCAGCACCACAUCGCCAUCGACCAUGCACACACGCACACGCAGGCAAGCAAGUGGGAGCAGAGCGGGAAUGAUGGCAUGCAUCAGUACGAGAUGUACGCACCUUGUCAGUCAUGAUGUGUUUGUUGUGUGGGGAUGUAUGGGUCGCUCGCUCGUUAUGCAAAUAAGUAAGAAGGUCCGUACGUACAUACACACAUACACGGACACACACACACACACACGCCUGUUUACGCAUGCCAUGCCAUGCAGCCACCCAGUGAGUGACCUGUCCGUCUUGUCUGCCCUCACCUGCCAGUAGUCUACACACAGCCACUGUCCCCUCUCCCCCCGCAGCCACCCGGCCAGCCAGACAUUCAUUUAAAAGGAGAGGUGAGCCAGGAGAGUGAGACAUCUAUCAGCCAGGUACUAAAAGCAAAACACCGGAAUACCGGCCUCUGUCUGUCUGUCUGUCUUGCUGGUCGGCGUCCAUCGGUUAGAAAGAUCACGCAAACAAACGUGUCAAGUCGUAACAAAAAAGUCACAGCCCCGGUCAGCGAAACAGCUAGCUAAUUGUGGUGUGGUGCUGUGGGUGCCUUCAGGUUUCCAUGUUGCUGCCUUGUCUCUCUGUCGUCAAGUGACCGUCAGUAGACACGUCAUUUGCAGGCGAUUCAAAAUCCAGUAGUACACAAUGCGGCAGGCGGCUGUUCUCAUCCAGACGGUGCCUUGUGUGUCUGAUUUGACAUCAGCCCCCAACGUCCACGUUCAGCUUUUGGCGUAUAGCAGAGUGUGGCCGUUGGAGGGCAGUAUCAAAUCAGACACACUCAACACUCAGCCAGAUUGAAUGUUCUGUUCGUCGUGUUUCAGACAGACAGAUACGGCACUGAUUCACUCACUCACUCAUGCUUAAAAGGAAAGCAAGCGGACACCACCCAGCGACUUGACAGCAACAGCGAGACAGGAGGCUCCAUCCGUGACGACGACACCAAGCCACGCCACGCCACGCCAUGGCUCAUCAGGACCGCACCCACUGCAUGAUAAUCACUCCAUGCCACGCCACUCACGCCCGCACUCAAUGCACAUCUGCACGGAGAGAUGCACACAAGCACAAGCAUGACGCACAUGGGGACGUCCUCGGCCGGCAGCGCAAUGAGAUGUAUUCGUGGAUCGUCUGUUGGCAGGGAGGCAGGCAUGGCACGCCACUCUUUCACCACCCAUCCACUCACCACAGGUAUGCAGAUGCAUCACGGCAUCACAGCACUGGAUGGACCAUCAAUACGGAGCGUAUCGCACACCUGCAUGUUGCAUGCCACCUACACAGACCACACCACGCACACGGGGAUGGAGGAGGGGACGAGGGAGGGAAGGAGGGACACACAUCAAUUCCAUCACACACACAAGACAGAGACGUCAAUUCAUCAUGUGUGUGUAUGUGAUGUGUGCAAUGCUGGGGCAUGCGUGUGACGAAUAUGAGUGAAUGAGUGGGUGGGUGUAUGGCAUGAGGUGAGUGACUGGGCGGGCUGGGUGAGACUAGCUAGCUGGCCUAUCACUGGGUUCAAAACAAAAAGACACUGUACGCUCUCCUCUCUCCCAGCUCUCGCAUCGCUUCCCUCCUCUCUCUGCCAUCCAUUGACUCAAACAACACCAAACAGCUUCGCAACCGGCCAGUCAGACAGACAGACAGACAGUCAAGACCAGUCAGUCAGUGAGUGCGUGAGAAAAAGACCUUACAGACGCUCUCCUCUCCUCCCUGCCCUCGCCUCCCCUCUCCCCGUCUCUCUCGCUUGUUGACAACCGGAAAAAAUAGACACACUGACUGAUCACUCGCUUGCUUGCUUGUCGAUCCGAUCCAUCCGUUGCGCCAUCCGUCCAUGCGUCCAUGCGUCACUCAGUUCAGCGCGCAUGUGUACGUAUGUAUGUACGUAUGUUGUACUGAUAUGUAUGUAUGUGUACGCAUACAGCCGACCGUGGGAGUUAUGGUAUGGAUGGCACGCACGCACAGGCGUAGGCAGGGAGGUAGGUGAGCUGAGUGAGUGAGUGCUACUCUGCGGCAGGGAUGUAGAGAGGCUACACACGGCAGGCACGCAGGCAGACAGGAGGCAGGCAGGCAGAUGCAGACGCAAACAGACAGGCCAUCCAUCCAUCCAUCCAUCCAGCCAGCCAGCCAGCCAGCCAAGUAGACAUGACACGAGCCACCGCAAGCGAACCAAGAGGUGUGAAGGAAUGGAUGUAGCACGAGAGCACGAGAGCAUCAUACACAGACAGAGAGCCAGACAUCCCGGGUGUGAGAGCAAGACCAAGACCGCACACGCCACCGAAUGCAGAAGAGACACCACGCCAUUCACCACCCACACCCAUCCGUCCACAUAUGUGCGCGUCAGUCAUCGAGGGCAGCACAUCACUCCACAGCACCGCCAGCCACGUGUGUAGUGUACGUGUGUAUUGUAUGUGUACAUACCACCCACGAUCCAACGAACGAACGAAGAGAGCACCAUUCCAUCCAUCUAUCCAUCACUCCAUCCAUAUCCACGACGCGAGAUAUAUGCAUGAGCAUGCGCUGUACAAAACACUCACUCCAUCCACCACACCACGCUUCGCACACGACACCACCACGCCAUGCACGCACGCAACGCAUUGCAUCGCACCGCAUCCACAUAAGUCCUGUCACAUCCAGAGUGUGAUGAUCAGUGUGUGACGGACAUCCAUCCACCCUCUGACACAGCACUCCACACCAUACAUACGCAGCUAUGCAUAUCACGUUAGUCCAGAUCGACCGACCGAUCGAUCGGUGUGUCGUAGUUCAUUCGCUCGCUCUCUUCCUCCGCUCUUGCACUCGGUGAUGGGCGGGCGGGCAGGCAGGCAGGCAGUCAUGCCCUUGACUACAAAACUGCUGCUCCGCGAUGAAAGCAGAGCAGCAGCUCCGAUACACACACACAUACGUACAGCCCCGUGUAAGUACGAAUGAACGCUAGCCAAAUAGGUGUAUGGUACGCACGCAGACAGGCGGACAGCAGGCACACGUGAGGGAGUGAGUGAGUGAUGAGUGUGUAUGAAUGGGCCGCAGAGCCACAUACAGACAGAGAGAGAGAGAGUUCCAUGGACAGAGAGGGAGAGCACGAGAGAGGGGGAGACCGACACCAGACAAGCAGAGAGAGAUGUACCCAAUCCAUCCAUCCAUCGAUGAAUCCACCGAAGGCCAGUCCGCGUGUAGCCACCACCAUGCCACGUAUCCAUCCAUCCAUGCACUCAGCCGCUUUCUACCCACCACGUAAUGACGCUUCCAUUAUGUAGAGGGAGGAGGUACGAAGGUCAAAACUGUGGCUGGCUGGCAUCAUGAGUGAUGUCGUGUGUACGUACAUACUCAUAUACAUACAUACAUGCUCGCAUACACAACACAGCGAUGGAUCGAUGGUUGUUUGUGGGUGCAGUGAGUGAGUGAGUGAGUCACGUGACUUGACUUGACUGACUGACUGACUGGCGAACAGAACCAUCCAUCCACUCAUGCAUGCCAUGCAGCAGGGCACGAGACGAAGGCGAGUGACACGGAGACGAGAGCAGCUACGCGAGACGGCAGGCUGUACACAAGUGGGUGGGUGGACGAAUGGACAGGCAAGAACGGGUGUAUGUGUGUACGCAUGGAAUCACAGUGAGUGAGUGAGUGAGUGUAGCCACACUACGCAUGGAGCAAGCGUGUCUGUCUUGCGCGUCUAAGCAGAGGACCGGCCGCGUCGUUCGUCGCCGAGCCAGCCGAGCCGACAGAAGCACCUCCGUUCUCGCCUGCCCGUCAGCCCGCCCCAUUGAAAACGGAAAAAGUGAGCAGCAAGCGCCCGUACGGUCUGUCUGUGUGCCUCCCUGUCUGUCUGUCUGUCUGUCUGUCUGUCAGGUUAGAAGAUCAUACGCGUGGCGAAUAUCGAUCGAUCCACCACUUCACUUGACGUGUAAGCCAUCCAUCACCCAGCCAGUCCGCCCGCACCCAUUCACUCAUCUGAUGAGAUGUCAUCCACUGCACUGCACGAUAGCACUGCAUCGAUCGCAUCAUCGCAUUCUCGCAUUAUUCAGCUCCGUUCAGCUGGCUUGGGGAUACCAACAGACGAAGGAAUGAACACCACCACCACCACCACGCCGCACGAACAACAAAAUCUGUCUCGUGUGUCGUAUUGAGUUGCCUUCCCAUCCAUCCAUCCACAGCGAGCAAGCACAUCCAUCCAUCCACUGGCUGACGCAAACAAAACGAUACACGCCGUGUCAUUCAUGACCCACCCCAUCCGGCCCUCCCUCCCCUGGCUGGCUGUCCCUUUACAUAGGUACAUACACAGUGACGUCACUCACAAUCACAGCUAUCCACUUAUCCAUCCAUCCAUCCGUGCACACUACAUAUGUGAGCAGGGGAAAAUCUCGCCAAUCGCUCGCCAACGGUCGCUCGCUUGCUCGCACAACACGUCACGUACAACCAAACAUACACCCACCCACCCACACGCUAUGCAAACAGCCAGACAGGCAAAGGAGUGAGUGGCGGUCUUCGGUCAGUCCAUCCAUGUACCCACCAGACGCACGGACGCACGGCAGCAAGUGAGCGAUGGAUUGUGUUUGUGUUUGGUGCGAUUGGCGGCAUGUUUUCUUCCUUCCUUCGACAGACAUCUCACACAGCGUCUGCAUCCAUCUACCGACCUGCACAAGAGCGGAGCGAAGUUAGUCAGUGAGGUAAAGUACGAGGCGGGACAAGACGAGGGAGAGGGCGCACCAACCAAUAGAUGGGUCAUAGAAACGAGAAAAGGGCAAGUGAGUGAGUGAGGAGGUAGAAGGUAAGGCAAGCCGCAGCCUCUCUCUCUCUCGUCAGUAGCGUAGGUAUCGAUCUAUCCAAUCCACCAAUGGGAGGGGAGCAUCCAUCCAUCCAUCCAUUCAUCCAGGCAUACGUGUUGGUUAUCGUACAGACACUAUCCUACAAACAGACGGUCCGUCCUCCUUCCCAUCCACGGUCGGCCGACCGAUGAGGCAGCCAGCCAGCCAAUUUAAAACAUCACCGUAACCCAAAUACUGUCUUGUCUGUCGUAGUCGAUGGAUGCUCCAUCCAGCCCUCCUUCCUCCCUCCGAGCAAUGCACUCCAUCCAUGCAUCCAUCCAUCCAUGCCAUUGCACCCGUCGCACCACAUUAGCAGUCCAGUUGGCCAUAGCAAACAACCCACUGAUUGCAUCCACCAUCCAUCCAUCCACCACGAGCAUACAAUCCACCAACAAACACCCGCCCCGCACCGCCCCAUCCCACCCCCACAUACCUACGUAACGUAACUUACGGCCUUUCUUCGUUCGUUCCUUCCUAGCCUGCCUGUCUAUCUAUGUAUGUGUGUUGCAUGGUGUACGAUGUGGUCACUUCACUGAGGUCUGAUCUGUGUGCCCCCAUAGGGAUACGCAUAGGCAUUGGGAUUGUACGCACCUGGUGCCGGGUAGCCGCCCGGCGCGCCGCCAGCCGCCGCAGGCAUGCCCGCCAUCUGCUGCGCCAUCAUGUGCUGUGCCGGCAUGCCCAUCAUGGGGCCCGGGUGGCCCAUGGCGGCCUGGGGAGGGCCGCCCAUGGCCGCGGGGGCGGGCGUCAUGGUCUGGGCCAGGGGCGCCACCGUGGGCAUCGUGCCCGCCGCAUGCUGCUCCUCGCCCUUCUUGAUCUGCACCUUCAAACGCUUCCCACCUGACACACAUGGCGCACACACAGAUAGGGAGUCGGCAAUGGUCAUUUGUGUGUUCGUGUAACGGUUGUUGGCUGGUUGGAUUGUACCUCCGACUUGGAAGCCGUUCAUGGCCUGCACGGCGUUGACGGCGCACUGGACCUGGUCGAAACUCACGAAGCCGAACCCACGAUUGCGACCCGUAGCCUUGUCAGUAGCGAUACGAGCACUGACACACGGUACAGACACACAUCGAUGUGGGAGACUGUGGUGUGUGGUGGUUGUGCGUCUCUCCGUUUCAGGUACCUGAUGAUGCGGCCAUACUGGUUGAAGUGGUGCUGCAGGUCAGUCUCGGUCCACUCAUUCGGGACCUGCACUCACAGCCGGUGACACAACGUGUAUUGUGUACUGUUUGUGUAAGUGACACAAGGAGAGGAAGCGCCUUUGGCAUAUGGCCGUACAUGGAAUAUGAAGAUAUUGGCCCCUGCACACGAAUCGCACACGAGCCAUGUCCAUAUGCUGCCCUGACAAUCAUUUCGCCCAUGAUGGUGUGUGUUGUGGCGUACCAGGGGGUCCGUGCGAUUGGUUUCCAGCCGACGCCAUGCCCCCCAUCCCAGCCCCCAUGCCACCAGCCAUCUGCCCCCAACACAUGAUACGGACACCCACAUCGCAUCAGAUGUGGUUGUGUAGGUGAAGGUGCAUCCAUCCGAGUGUGUGUGCGUCCUAACCGGAGGCUCAGGUCUGUCCAUCUCGGGGGGUCGGUCCCACUGUGUGGUGCCCGUGAGGCUGUUGUAGUAGUAGGGCCGGUUGUCGGUCGUGAAGUACUCCGUCCAGUUGCCCUUCUGAGUGGGGCCGGGAGGAGUGCCGCCACCCAUGCCGCCACCCAUUUGCUGAUCAUCACCGCAGGCACACACGGUGGGUAACCAUCAGUGUGUGUGUGUGUGUCUGUGUGUGUGUGGCGGUGUGGCCUACCGGCUGGUUGUACUGGUCAGUGGGGCUGCCGCCCAUCACCUGACCACCGCCCUGAGCCUUGCGGUUCUCAGCUGACAAACCACCAAACACAGGUCAGAUACAUGUUAUGGCUGGGUCGCUGGCUGCAUGUGGGCGGGGAGGGGAGCGUGUGUCGUGUGCUUACCGAAUCUGACUUCGAUGGGUUUGUUGUGGCCGGGCAUGGUGAACUUUUGGUUGAGGUUGUUGAUGGCGUAGAAGGCCUGCUCCUUGUACGCAAACUUGACAAACGCACAACCUGUAUACACACCACACCACACCACACACGUGCAGUGCAGACAUGGGUUGGGUGUGUGUGUCGUGUCCCCUCUCACUCACUCACCUCGCGACUCUUUCCGCUCGUCGCGCAUGAUGAAGACCUCAUCCACCAUACCGAAGGGCGCAAACACGUUACGAAUGUCAUCCUGAUCAAUCAGAACCGACGUCACACGCACAUGAGGGUGUGUUUGUGUGUGUGCUGCCUGCCCUGCCCUGCCGUGUGUACCUCCGAGCAUGUCUUGGGGAGGCUUCCCACGAACAGUUUGGCCUGGUCGACGCCCGGCUGACAACUGCCGUCGGUCGGUAAACCUACACACACAUACACACAGAGACCAACCGCCACGAGUGAGUUGGCCCCCCCCCUCCCCCCACACAUGCAGUCAGGUGUCUGUCAGGUUUUCGUGCCCCUGUCUGCCGCCAAGUGUAUGUGUGUGUGCUGUCUGCCCUGCCCGGGUCUGUGUGUCUUGUCUUGUCUGGUUGCGUGUGAUGUGUAGUGUGUGGUUGAGUGUAGUGUCUGUGUAGUUCAGGUUGCUUACCCAUACCCAAUCGUUCGUUCUCCCCCGUAGCGUACUUGACAGUCAACGGACCCAUCGACUGUCAUGACACCAACACACACACACGCACGAGUGCCAGUGAUAUACACUGUCGCGUGUUGUGCAUUACGCACCUGGUCGAGCACUUUGGUGUUGUUGAGGGCCCGGAUAGCCGCGUCGGCCUUGGUGAGUGACGUCAUGCGGAUAAACGCACACCCUGCAAUGCCACACAACACACCAAACACGACACGACACACAACACAGAUGCACUCCCCGUGUCUCUCACUCGGUCACUGGCACGUCUAUGAGCUGAUCUAUCUCAUUUCAGCUGAUCUCCCUCCCUCCCUCUCUCCCUCACUCCCUCACCCUUGUGCGUGUGUGAUUCGCGGUCGCGAAUGAUGGCGCAGUCGGUGACGGGACCGAACUCCUCGAAGAUUGGCUUGAGGGUGUUCUCGUCGUAUGUGCGCGGCACACGCCCCACGAACAGCUUGACCUCGACGGGCGGGAUCUGCCCAGGCCCGCCGCCCAUCUGCUGUGGCUGUUGCUGUUGCUGAGGCUGCAUGCCACCAACACCCCCUCCCCCGACACCGACCUGCUGUUGCUGCUGCUGGGGAGCCAUCUGCGCCUGUGCCUGCUGCAUAGCGGCCAUCUGGCUCUGUGCUUGCUGCGUGGCCUGCUGCGAGUAGACGGCCUCAGGCGGCUGGCCGUUGGGCAUCAUCGAGGCCUGAGGCUGCCCGUAGGGGUGACCAGAAGGAUUCAACUCUGACCGCACCACACACACAGGGCCACAGAGGGAUGGGGAGGGGCGGGAGACAUGCGAUUGGGCGUCUGCUUACCACCGUCGAGUGACAUAACAACCCAGGUUCACUCACGAACAGCGACGAAUCAACACACCAGCUACGCCACCACAACCAUCCACAUGCACAAAAGGAGAGGAAAGCAAACAAACC